ACAAAAAUAAUUAAUGUUAAAGAGUAAAAAUUUGUUUAUAGUAGACGGAUUAUAGUGUUCAUUAUUUAAUAUAAAAGAAAAUGUCAAGAUUUCUAUUAUUUUUUACUAUACUACUUAUAAUUGCCCCUAAACAACAACUUGUCAAUUCCCGCUAUAUUGAUAAUACAUUAUUACGUAGUGUAUUAAAUUGUUAUGUUGAUUGUUUAUUAAAUUCAACGAAUGAUAUACAAGAUAAUAAUUAUUGUUUUAAUGAAUGUUUCAUUACUCCAAAUGAAAAACGUGGCAAAUUUUUCAUGUUAGGAUAAUGAAAAGAAUAAAAAAGAAAGAAAAUUUAAACAUAACACAUUUAACUACUAAUUAUGUAGAUCAGUAAUAUAUAUGUAUAAUCAAAAGAAAAAUACAAUUUGAAAUGUAUUACAUUUAUUGAAAUAUAUUUAUAUAUAUUCAGG